GAAAGCAUAAAGGCUACACCGCAGGGAUUUUCCUUGAUGUCUUCAUCAGUGGCCAAUAAUAACUCCUCUGCUCUAACAGUAUAAAAUGAAGGCGCUUGAAAGUUUACCCAAAACCGUCAUUGGAUUAUCUAUGGGCUAGGUCUGUGAUUUUUAGGUCACGCGACGAGCUGUAUUUGAUAAGAAGGUUGUCUGGUGGUUACAUUUCUUUGAGCCGAUGGUUAGCAGCAUGUCACGCAAAGCUCCAAACGACUCAAACAACUUUUGCGUGACUAACGUUUUUAAGAGCGAAACCCGCGUCAACAAAGAAGACUAAGCUACAUAAACAGUGCUUACUUAAAGCCACCAAGUUGGAAUUGGUGAGGCUGGGAAAGCAUAGAGAGAGUAAAAAAGUGUACUUGGGAUGAAGUGGUCAGGAGAAAGAUGUAAUAGUUCAAGGAAUUCACUGAUCAUGUCAUACAUUGAUAAAAAAUUGGUAAUUGUAGGUGAUAGUGGCUGUGGAAAAACUUCCCUUAUGCUCUCAUUCGCGUGCAAAAAGUUCCCCGAAGAAUUUGUGCCAACAGUUUUUGACGGUGGCUAUCGGGCCGUGAUUAGAGUUGAUGGAGACACAGUUGGGCUGGGAUUUUGGGACACUCUAGCACAAGCGGAAUACGAAAGAUUGCGGCCUCUGUCUUAUCAUGGGGCUGAUGUUAUCCUGAUGUGCUUCUCCAUUGGUAGUCCUGACAGUUUGGAAAACAUCUCUGAAAAAUGGACUCCUGAAGUAAGGCAAUUCUGCCCCAAUGUGCCAAUCAUUUUGGUUGGUAACAAAAGAGAUUUGAGAAACGACAAAAAUGUGAUAAACGAGCUAUGGAAGUUGAAGCAAGCGCCUGUUACCAGCGAGGGAGGAUUUGCGAUGUGUCAAAAAAUCAACGCCCAUUUAUACCUGGAAUGUUCUUCUAAAGCUAUGGAAGGAGUUAGCGAUGUAUUUGAAACGGCUGCUAGGGUUUCGCUGGAGACAACGAGACGCAUAGAGCUGGCAUUAUGGGAUACAGCGGGACAAGAAGACUACGAUAGGCUACGACCACUGUCUUAUCCCGACACUGAUGUUAUCUUGAUGUGCUUCUCCAUUGAUAGUCCUGACAGUUUGGAGAACAUCCCUGAAAAAUGGACUCCUGAAGUCAAGCAUUUCUGUCCAAAUGUUCCAAUAAUUUUGGUUGGUAAUAAGAGAGAUCUCAGAGAUGAUGAACAUGUCAAGAAAGAAUUGGCAAAGAUGAAGCAAGAGCCGGUCAAACAUGAGGAAGGAACUCAAAUGUGUGAAAAGAUCAAUGGGUAUGCAUACUUAGAGUGCUCAGCGAAAACUAAGGAUGGCGUGAUAGCUGUGUUUAGAACAGCUACAAAAGCUGCCCUUGAUACCAAGGCAAAGAAGAAGAAAGUGAAAUGCAUCAUAGUUUGAAAUAUCUAGUGAGCCAGUUCAUCUGACUCUUAUCAAAAUCUCACCAUUUGAUUAUAGAGUUAAAGUUUCUUGCUUGAAAGAAGAGUAAUAUUUUUGAUGGAUCAAAAAGUUUCCUAGAUAUGAUUGGUGAAUUUAGAUCCAAUCUGUUUGUUUGUAGUUCAUGGUUGUCAAUCACUGUGAUUGAUAUCCGGAUAGAAUGUAAUUAUAAGUUUGUCGACAACUUAAGAAUUUGCAUGUUAAUCUAACGAUACAGCAGGUGAAACUAAAGAGAUUUAAUUAUAAUCGCAUUUUAUGAAUUAUUUUUCCUUCAGGUGAAUGAUACGAUGUAUUUAUAACAUUUUUUUUGCAUUCAUGCCUUUACUUUUAUCUAUAAGCAAUUAUAAGUAGAUUUAUGAAACAAUAUUUGCCAUGAUUGUAUUAAUAAAAUAGCUUUUAGUCAUUAAAAAAAUAUUUGUUCUGCUUAUUUAAUGCAAACCCAAUAAAAAGCUGAAUACAGUCAGUUUUCGUGGAA